AUGUCCAUCACAGAGUGCGCUCCAGGUCGCUCCACUGCAUCGCGUGGCUUCAAGCGCGGGGACUACAAUAUCGGAUUCUCAAUCUCCGUAUUCCACCCGCAGGUACGGCACAGCGCACCAAGAAGGAGCUCUCCAUUGGGGCCACGUCGUCACUACAUUGCCGGCGAUGGAGUCGAAUGCUCCAAGAGCUCGCUCCGCAUUAUCGGCGGCUUCAUGAGCGUGAGGGGAGGCCCCAAGGACGCUCGCGAUCUGCCCGGUGCGACGGCAGUGUAUAGAGUCGCCCGUCGUCCCCCGACAACAGGGAUAGCCGUCGCGCUGUCCCUAAGUCGGGGUACUGGGCGGCGCUAUCAUGUGUCCCACAUACAGCACAUUGCAUGCGUCGAGCUUCCGAUGGCUGAACAUGGAAAUGUACUAACCUGUACAGUACGCGCGGAGACGUGUCCCUUUGGUGACCUUGCACCCGUGUCCCAUGCUAACAUGCCCGCCGUGCUUCGCUAUGGCCAGGGUGCUCGCGCGUACCCUGGCGGGGACCUGCCGUGCGAUCAAGGGUUCGCUGGCCUUUCAACCUGGUGCGAGAAGGACCCUGAUCUGAAGAUAGGGUUCACCGGCCUCAAUGGACGGAUGACAGACGGUGGGUCACCUCCUCGCUCUUAUACCCGGCGUUCACUGGCGCUUGUUUCUCCGUCUCCCCACUCACUACCGCCAACAAUGUCGACCGCUAACGUCUCCAACGCCUCUAACCAAAACGAGGUGCAGGCGAUACUCGACGACGCCUUCAAGAAGCGCGCAGCGGCAGAGGCUGAAAGAGACGACUUGAAGCAAUGGCUCGACCUCACCAAGGCCAGACUCGAUUCGUCGGAGAGCUUUGUCAGCAGCCUUCAGCAGUCCAUCGAGGAACACUCCGGGACCGCGAGACUUCGCCGACAGGAAGUCCGCGAAGUGAAGAAAGAGUUCAGGAGUAUUUUCGUCGAAGUGCGGACCGCGCUGGACGACGUACCAAUCCCUGAUACGAUUUUGCUCAAUAUCUCAACCUAUGCCGACGGGGACACCCGACUUGUUGUGUCCUCUGUCAAUCACGCCCUGCGCACCCGACUGGUGCCCCUGAUGUUCAAGACGAUCGUGGUAGAUCAAGACGAUGAGCGCUCCAUAAAAGCGCUGGGUCGUGGUCUUCUGGCAACCGCGCGCGAACUCGUGCUGCAUGAUACCAGGCUCGCUCGUGAACUCAUCCCGCAUGCCACUCGAUCCGCCCCCCUGCGUCUUCAAAGCCUCACAUUCUCCCCCGACUCCGACGAUGCGCUCUACAGGGAGACUAUGGCCAUCUCCUGUCUCUUGCCUUUUCUGCGGGCGUCGCCCCAUCUAGAAAGGCUGGAUUGCGUCUUGGUACUUCGCCGCCAGCGUGAUCUGUUUGCGCUUAUGUCCGAAGUGACUGGAAUCAAGAAGCUUGUGAUACAGCACAUAGAAGGCCCUCAGCGGGAGCCACUAUCCGGUGAAACUGCGCCUUGGGUGAGGCUCGAAGAGCUCAUCGUUGGGAAUGGGGUGACGGAUGCGUGGUUUGAGCUCGUGCUUCCGCCCCACUGGCACCCACCCCUCACCGCGCUUGACAUUUCCAAAGGAGCUGAUGUCACUUGGACCACCCUGCGUGCUUGCCUGGGCUCUGUUCGAAGCAGCAUCGAACGCUUGCAUAUAUCUUCCAGCAUGCUCCUCGAGAACGACGAUACAGAAGGCGCAGGCCUGCAUUUCGAAGGGCAUCUGCCUGCCCUCCGCGAGCUUCAUGUUCGGAUGCUCACGCGACGCGGAGACCGAUUGCAGGAGAUGGAUGGCGUCAAGAACCUCAUUCGCGUCCUAUCCAACGACGCGUUAGCACCCAUCACUGAACUUCACCUCGAAUUCUUCAUCAUGAGCGUCUUCUACUCUGACAUGGGCCGUGGAGGAGGCUACCGAGGGGGGAACAAUGCCGACGUUACAGGCAUAUGCGGUGAUCGCCUGACGCUCUCAUGGUGGCAGUCAUUCGCGCUUCCACGGCGCUGCUCCAUGAUCAUCUUGAUCAUCUACGACGCAGAGGACGAGGCAAGUGACUCGGAGAGCACCGAUUCCAGCGCGACCGACAGUGACUUGGACGAUGGUCAUCGGGCGUCUCAAGCACGCUAUCCCUCCGGUCUCUUGCGACGUCCUUAUGGAGAGAACGAAGGCCUGAAAUGGAAGCCGCAUGCUCGGUCUCUGCUGCUUCACCUCGCCCAAAGCAUCGGUGUCACCGCGCGUGUCUCAUUCGCUCCAGGGGAAUGCCCCUCCAGCGGGUGGCCAGAGGAGUGGAUUGAGCAGUUCGAAGAAGACCCCGACAAGGCGAUGGAUGAGAAUGAGACCGCCCUCUUCUACAACUGGAGGGAAUGGGAGGUUUGA